UUCAUUGAGAAAGACGGAUUGUGCUGGUGUGCCGUUUGCGGUCCCUUUUUUGUCCUGUUUAUGGAUGGAGCUUUAGUUCUCUUUAUGAGUCGCACCGAAGGUUCUACCGUAUUCCUCCCCCACCUUUUCCAACCCGUGGGUUAUUCCUCUUGAAUCGCAUACGUUUCGCAUUGGAGCGCGGUUGAAGGGAAGAUUUACAGGUUUUGUGUGCUCUGGAUGCUUAAGAUAGAACUUCUGAUGCACAAUGGAUUGCUUUUAUGACCAACAAGUUCCUUUUGUGGCCCCAGGGAGGCCUGCUGAAGAAUGUAGAAAUCGAAUAGUUACUGACCGGAAAAGAAGAUUUCUGGACACAGACUUGGCACAUGAUUCUGAAGAGUUGUUCCAAGAUCUUAGUCAGCUACAAGAGGGAUGGCUAAUUGAAGCACACGUCCCAGACGAUGAACAGUAUGUUCCAGAUUUUCAGUCUGAUAAUUUAAUUCUUCAUGGUCCUCCGCCAGCAAAGAUUAAACGAGAAAUUCACAGUCCAUCCUCCGAGAUAGCAUCAUGCAGCCAUAAUGUUCCUGGUAAUUAUGGUGAAAAGUGCCUCUAUAACUCCAGUGCCUAUGUAAGAAAACACCCUGUUGGGGUCAAGCCAUUGACCCCUACAUGUACCACCUCAUCUGCCCCACCACCACAGUCCAUUUCUGCACAACCAUUGGAAAUUUCAGUUCAAAAUACCUCUGUGUCUGUGCACCAUGAGCAAAAACAAGAAUUUGCUGUCCCACAGCCUCUUCACCAAAUUACCCACCUCCAGAAGAACAUUCAAGAGAAGGCAUAUCCUGCGGAUUACAAAUUUCAGAGGCAAAUGUCAGAACCUUGCCAGUCUUUCCCUCGCUUUCCUGGUGUCGCAGGACAGUCUCGCCCAAUUUAUCACAGGCAGAUGUCUGAUCCUGCUGUUUCUGCACCACCACCACCACUGCCACCUCCAUCACCUCAUCAAGGAUUCAAACAGGAAUAUCACAAUCCCCUCUACGAUCAAGACAUGAAUGGUCCAUCCAGGCGUAAUUUCCAUAGUUCCUUGGGAAUUAAGCAAGAACCUCAGGAUUACAGUAUUGAAUCAGAAGUGCCUAACUGUCAGUCCUCUUGUUAUGGGACAGGAAACUAUUUCCAAAAUGAUAAUUCAGGUUUUCCUUAUGACCAAAACGCCAGAUUAUACUAUGAUGACACGUGUGUUGUGCCUGAGAGGCUGGAAGGUGGUAAAGUAAAACAGGAGGCCAACUUCUAUAAGGAAGGCCCACCUUAUCAACGCAGAGGGUCCCUUCAGCUCUGGCAAUUUCUGGUGACACUCCUCGAUGACCCAGGGAAUGCUCAUUUCAUUGCAUGGACUGGAAGAGGAAUGGAAUUUAAACUUAUUGAGCCUGAAGAGGUUGCAAGGCGAUGGGGUAUUCAGAAGAACCGACCAGCUAUGAAUUAUGACAAAUUAAGCAGAUCUCUUCGCUAUUACUAUGAAAAAGGCAUUAUGCAGAAGGUGGCUGGUGAACGAUACGUGUAUAAAUUUGUAUGUGAUCCAGAAGCUCUCUUUACUAUGGCUUUUCCAGACUAUCAACGCUCUCAAGUAAAGAUUGAACCUGACUGCCAUGCUCCUGAAGAUGGCACUGUACCUCUAACCCACUAUGAAGAUAACAAUGGUUAUUUGCUGGAUUUAGAACUGGUCAAAAACCCAUUUUAUGCAGAGGACACACCCUACUAAAAUGGAUGGGUCAUCCGGAUUGACUGAAGGAGCAAGGAACAACACACUAAACCUAAAUAAGCUUUCUAAAGCAGGACUACAUCAUCUCAACAUUAAAAGAUGGAGUGCUUGAUAAA